GCAACUUGGUUAAAUAUGGUGCCUCCUAAAACUGGUCAUGCUAACGGACUCAAACUCCGUGGUGGCGUCAGGCUGACGGGGUUGCGGUUUAUGGAUAGUGACACGUCUUCCCCCGAACUGGAGCCUCCUCCAAAGAAGCCAUGCAGACCGGGGCACUUUGAGAAGCUACGGCAACAGGCAGCCUUGAAAAAGCAACAGGAGAAGGUCGAUCGGGCGACACUUACUCCUGCUGCGGGCACUUUCCCAAACACCACACAUGAGCCGUCAACUGAUCCACUCUUCCACGACCCACGGACACUUGAACCUGCACACGCCACUGACGUGUUUAUGGAGCUCCCCAACCCGCGCCGCGGCACGAGAAGGAAGCCAGGGAGGCUGCUGAAGGGGCUGCCCCUCCAAGCCUCAAGGGACGGCCUCCCUGGACCCGCUCGUACUCGUACAUCUCCGACCUGGAGUGAUGCUGCUACCUCAAGCCCUUAGAGGCGAAGCAGCAACCAGCAUCUACAGCCAACCGAACGGGCGCGUGAAACCCGCGCGGGGAGCUACGGGACCUGGGGGAGCUGCUUGGACGAGCUGCUUGGAACACGCAAGGAAGGUACAGCGCUGGUCUCAACGCACUUGGGAGCACCACACCUGGCGGCCCUCGCCUCGCGCAAGGCUUCAUGAUACCGUGAGCACGGUAUCAUGAAGCUUCAGAGCGAUAUGUCCGCGCUUGCAAGGUCGCUGGCAGGCUGCCAAGAUGUUCGUGCCAGCCGGCGCCUGGAUGCGCUAACCAAGAACAAGGCCGUGGCGACGCGGACCUCUUACUUUAGGAUUCCCGUUCACCUCUCGUCCAGAAGCUCCAGCAGCUGCGCCCGCGGCUAGGAGAUGCUGGCGAGGCUGCUGCAUGGCUGGAGUACAUAAGGCGGGCUGGAGUGCCACGCAGCUGACAUUGCGCGGGUGCUGGAUGCUAUGGGCUGCACGCACGCGAUGAGUCGCCGCAGUGUCUGCUGGGAAGCUUUCGUGCGCCUCCUCUUGCAUGUCACGUGUCGCACGGUUAGUAGGGUCCAAGAGUAGCCAGGCCUGCAGCCCAAUAGAACGAGGUAGCGCCCAGCACCGGCAGCAGUGCGGUCCUGUGGUAAACACUUAGUCUCAAGUAGCUACCGGUCAGCGCUAUCUCCCCAAGUCCUCAGUCGACUAGCUGCUGUCGUCAGUAAGGAUAGCCCUAACACGGCAGCAGCAGGACCGCAACGAUGCGCACUUAUCAAGUCUGUCACCUUUGAACUGGAAGCCGCGUUGGGUACAAAAAACAGAACGGUAUUUCCAGCUUACCCGAUAGCGGUGAAUUAUUCGAUGUGGUCGCGGGCCGCGAUCUUUCUGGUGCUGGUUGGCAGCAUCUGUGUGUCGCAUUUCUCUGGGACCCUGGUUGCCGGCCCCUGUUCCAGGUGCUGGGUUGGCAGUGCCUGCAUGUCGGUUUUUCGGGAGCUGGUUUGGCAGCCUCUCUGUGUUGUUUCUCUGGGACCUAGUUGCCUGUCUCUGUAUCUGUUGGGCACGGUUCCCUGCCUUGUGCACGGCGUGCCCCCUGGGGUAGGGCGGUCGACGCCCUGUUAGAAUGUACGUCUGACGAUGGUCUCAGCUACUGUCCUCCAGUGUAACUCCCGGGCCGAUAAUCCCUGUCUUCUGCGGAGCCUGUAACAGUCUAAGCGUG